UCUCUACUAGUGCUUAAUACCGUCCACGAUACCCAUUUGAUCGGAUGUUUGCAAUUUAGCGCAGAUGCAUCAGUAAAACCCUGCUCCGUGUAACCACAAGCUAAGUACCUAGCUGCCCAGAAGGUGCGAUACUCUUAGUUCUUAUCAACGGAAGGGAAAAAGCAAACCGAGCCGCUGAUAGUCAAUUCAGAAUUAUAAUCGCCAACGAGAGAGGUCUAUAUAUCUAUCGAGACCAGUAAGGACCCAGGCGGCCCUCAAAUCUACCAGACAGGCAUUAUUUGUUCCAGGAGACACAUUCUCAAAACAUGUCAACCAAGAUAUUUAUCACUGUCGAGAAAGGAGACCCCCUUGAUUACAUGGAAUACCGCCACACAGCUCUCCAUUUAAUUUUCCCCGAUGCAACUCAAUCUGUCAUGCAUGUGGUCGGUACCCAUGGGAUGUUCAAUUUCCAGGAGAGGGAAAACUAUGACCCAUCAACCAGCCCUCUUUACGUGAAAUCGACUCCCGUGGCAGAUAUUCCGGAAGCGAUCGGUCCAGCCUUGAUCAAAUUGAUUAUUUUGAUGACGCCUGUCAAAAAUAAACCUGAAGAUAUGCCUUGGAACUGUCAAAACUGGGUUGCGGAUGCUCUUUCUCGCCUGAUGACGUAUGGUUAUCUUACGGAGGCUGAACGUGAGAGGGGAAUUGAUGAAAUGGUCACGGCGUGUUUCGAAGCGGAGGACGAGGAGAAUAGGCCAGCAUUUUAAGGGACUGUGGGUAAUGUUGUUAGUAUGUCUAUCUUUUAACGAUAUAGUAUGGUCUAGCCUCGCGGGCACAUCAGUGU